AUGUGUACACCCAGCACAGGAGCUAUGUACAGUACUCACGACCCUGUACACCCAGCACCCAGGGCUAUGUCAGUGCUCACGACCCUGUACACCCCAGCACCCAGGAGCUAUGUACAGUACACCCAGCACCCAGGAGCUAUGUGCAAUUACACCCCAGAACCCAGGAGCUAUGUGCAGUACACCCCAGCACCCAAGAGCUAUGUACAGAACUCACGUCCUGUACAUCCCAGCGGGAGCUAUGUGCAGUACACCCCAGCACCAGGAGCUAUGUACAGUGCACCCCAGCACCCAGGAGCUAUGUGCAGUACACCCCAGCACCAGGAGCUAUGUGCAGUACUCACGACCCUGUACACCCCAACACCAGGAGCUAUGUACAGUACCCCCAGCACCCAGGAGCUAUGUGCAGUACUCGACCCUGUACAUCCCAACACCGGAGCUAUGCUAGUACACCCCAGCACCCAGGAGCUAUGUGCAGUAACCUCCAGCACCCAGGAGCUAUCACCCAGGAGCUAUGUACAGUACCCCAGCACCCAGGACUAUGUACAGUACCCCAGCACCCAGGAGCUAUGUGCAGUCACCCCCAGCACCCAGGAGCUAUGUACAGUACACCCCAGCACCCAGGAGCUAUGUGCAGUACCCCAGCACCCAGGAGCUAUGUGUACAACCUGCAAGGGCUAUGUGCAGUACACCCCAGCACCCAGGGCUAUGUGCAGUACACCCCAGCACCAGGAGCUAUGUACAGUCACCCCAGCACCAGACAUGUGCAGUACCCCCAGCAGGGCACUGUGCCCCAGCACCCAGGGCUAUGUGCACCCCAGCACCCAAGAGCUAUGUGCCCCAGCACCCGGUAUGUGCACCCCAGCACCCAGGAGCUAUGUGCAGUACACCCCAGCACCCAGGAGCUAUGUACACCCCAGCACCCAGGGCUAUGUACAGUACACCCCAGCACCCAGGGCCUAUGUGCAGUACCCCCAGCACCCAGGGCUAUGUACACGCCAACACCCAGGAGCUAUGUCACGUGCACCCCCAGCACCCAGGAGCUAUGUGCAGUACACCCCAGCACCCAGGAGCUGUGCAGUACACCCAGCACCCAGGGAGCUAUGUACAGUACACCCAGCACCAGGAGCUAUGUGUGCAACCAGACUAUGUGCACCCCAGCACCCAGGGCUAUGUACACCCCAGCACCCAUUCUGUACACCCCAGCACCCAGGAGCUAUGUACACCCCAGCACCCAGGAGCUAUGCACCCCCAGCACCCAGGAGCUAUGUGCAGUACCCCAGCACAGGAGCUAUGUACAGUACACCCCAGCACCCAGGAGCUAUGUACCCCAGCACCAGGAGCUAUGCACCAGCACCCAGAAGCUAUGUACACAUUACCCACACCUGA